AUGGCUCAAACUAUGUUGCUCAUGUCUAGUGUCUCCAGCACCUAUUCUGUUACCUUGAACAAAGAUCCUUUGCUUCAAUUACAGUGUCAAAGAUUGAAGCCUAGGUUUUCUGAUAUCUCAUUCAACCCACUUUCUUCUAAUUCAAAGUCUUUUUCAUCUCGCACAUUUAAAACUCUGGCUCUAUUCAAAUCAAAGACCAAAGCCCCUGCUAAGGUUGUACCUAAACCAAAACCAAAGGUUGAAGAUGGUGUGUUUGGAACUUCUGGUGGAUUUGGCUUCACUAAACAGAAUGAACUUUUUGUUGGUCGUGUUGCUAUGAUCGGUUUUGCGGCAUCAAUUUUGGGUGAAGCAGUAACCGGCAAAGGAAUUCUAUCACAAUUGAAUUUGGAAACUGGUAUUCCAAUUUAUGAAGCUGAGCCUCUCCUCUUAUUUUUCAUCAUUUUCACACUUCUAGGAGCCAUUGGAGCUCUAGGUGACCGUGGUAAAUUCGUCGAUGAUGAACCUACUACCGGAGGCGUUAUUCCUCCUGGAAAAGGCUUUAGAGCAGCUCUCGGUCUCAGCGAAGGAGGCCCUUUAUUCGGAUUCACCAAAUCCAAUGAACUGUUUGUUGGAAGAUUGGCUCAAUUGGGAUUUGCUUUCUCUUUGAUCGGAGAGAUUAUUACCGGAAAGGGAGCACUAGCUCAACUCAACAUUGAAACCGGUGUACCAAUCAAUGAGAUUGAACCACUAGUGUUGUUCAAUGUUGCUUUCUUCUUCAUUGCGGCUUUGAAUCCUGGAACUGGCCAGUUUGUAACUGAUGACGAAGAAGAUUAG